AUGGCCACCAUCGCCAAACCAGAACAAUGGAUGAAUACCUCUGGGGAAACUACCCCAGUAUGGGUCCACCGGAUGCCCUUUUCCAAGUACCCCCGCUUCGAACCCCUAAAGCAGGACAUCAAAACCGAUGUCUGCAUUGUCGGGUCCGGAAUAGCAGGAAUAUCUGUCGCCUAUGAACUUGUCACCCGCGGUAAAAAGGUAACGAUGAUCGAAGCGCGAAACGUUCUCUCGGGGGAAAGCGGAAGAACCAGUGGCCAUUUGUCGAACGCAUUGGACGAUGGCUAUGCCAACAUCGCGAAGAAGCACGGAGCCCACGGAGCCAAAAUAGCGGCCGAUAGCCAUACCUGGGCUAUUGACCGUGCGGCUCAUAUUGCCAAGAAGCUGAACAUAGACUGCGAGUUUCGCUACCUGCCGGCAAUCGAAAUCUCGCAAUAUCCUCGAGGAGAUCGUAGGCAUGACAAGGAGGUAAGCGGUCUGAGGGAGGAGGGAUGGGAUGCAGGGCCCGAUCAGAGGGAUGGGGCUUUGUUUUCUGGUCAAGCUACUUUUCAUCCUACAAAGUAUUUAGUGGGAGUGCUGGAAUGGCUGAGGGACCACCCGAAUUUCCAGUGCUUUACGCAUACGAGGAUGAUGUCGGUCGAGGAGAAGGAUCUUGUGCAAGUUCGCACAGCUAAUGGAUAUACGAUUACCGCCAGUGACGUUGUUGAAGCGACUUGCGUGCCGUUACAAAAACUGAGCGUCAUUGCCGAAAUGGAAUACAUGCGAACGUAUUGCAUUGCCAUUCGAGUCCCCAAGGGAUCCAUUGAGGAUUGUCUCCUGUAUGACGAGGCAGAGGAAUAUAAGUACGUCCGCUUCACACACUGCGAUGAGAAAGAUGACUACUUGGUCAUUGGCGGCUGCGACCACAAAGUCGGACAAGAUCAAGUAGCGGGCCGCUUUGAAGAGUUGGAAUCAUGGGUGCGUGAGCGGUUCACUAGAGCUGGCUCCGUUGACUAUAAAUGGAGUGGACAAAUCUUUGAGCCGGUGGACUAUAUGGCAUUUAUUGGGAAGAAUCAAGGGAUGAACCAUACCUAUGUCGUCACUGGUGACAGUGGAAAUGGAUUGACUCACGGAAUUCUAGCCGGAAAGCUGAUUGCGGAUGAAAUUGAGGGAAUUGAAAAUCCAUGGGCUUCACUCUACAAUCCGAACCGCCUGAUAAGCAUCGCGAAGUCGCUUCCUAGCAUGCUUGGCCAUGAUAUGCAGAUAAAUACACAAUACAAACGUUACCUGCAAUCGGACAUCAAAGAUAUUGAAGAUCUCGGUUUGGGAACAGGUGGUGUUCUUCACGACAGUAUGGCUACCGCACCAGUCGCCGUAUAUAAGGAUGGAGAAGGUCAAACUCACCGAUUCAGUGCCGUUUGUCCUCAUAUGAAGGCGGUCGUCAGCUGGAAUGAUGCUGAAAAGAGUUGGGAUUGCCCCGUUCAUGGGAGCCGGUUUAGCUGCGAUGGCGUAUGCGUUGAAGGCCCAGCCAAAUCGAAUCUCAAACCGUUGGAUGACUUUUCAAAGACAAGGCAGCAGGCGCAGGAAGCACUUUAG